CAACAUUAUUACAGUGCUGUCUACGCGUCCAUGCUUUACACCGGAGACCAACAAUGAGGCCAAACAGUCAAGCGUUCAAACACAAAUCCUCACAUGACACAGAGAGGGAAUUUGGAGGAACCCUGGGUGCCAUAUGCAUCCCCAUCUUUCUUCCCCUGACGGUUCUGUUUCUCAUCUGUGUGAGUCGAUCCCCUGAGGCCAGUCUGCUCCAAUGGCCCCCUCCCCUCCCCUCCUCUGACCAGCUGUGGGACCCUCUGGCCCUCGUGGUUCUGCUGGGCUGGAUCGCUCUGCAUGCCCUCCUCUAUUUGAUGCCAUUAGGAAAGGUGUCUGAAGGAUUAAUGCUGAGGGAUGGAUCUCGUCUCAAGUAUCCCAUAAAUGGUUUUCACAGCCUGUGCAUCAGCGGCGUGUUGCUGAUGUUGUUAGUGGGGCUCGGGGCUCCUCUGGGGUAUCUGUUUGAGCUGCUGCAGCCUCUGGCAGUGUGUGCAAUAGCAGUGUCAUUCCUGUUCUCCGUCUACCUCUACAUCCGCUCCUUUUGUGCUCCGUCUCAUGCUCUCGCUUUGGGGGGCAACACAGGAAAUCCGCUGUAUGACUUCUUCAUCGGACGGGAGCUGAACCCCCGCAUCGGAAGCUUUGACCUUAAAUAUUUCUGCGAGCUCAGACCGGGUCUGAUUGGCUGGGUCGUCAUAAACCUUGGCAUGCUGAUGAAGGAGGUGGAGCUUCGCGGCUCCCCCUCCCUCGCCAUGGUACUGGUCAACAGUUUCCAGCUGCUGUAUGUGGCAGACGCUCUGUGGAAUGAGGAGGCAGUUCUGACGACCAUGGACAUUGUGCACGACGGUUUUGGCUUCAUGCUGGUCUUUGGGGAUCUGGCCUGGGUUCCCUUCACAUAUAGCCUGCAGGCUGCCUUCCUGGUCGUGCACCCACAGGCCCUAAGUUCCCUCGGAGCAGCGGUUAUAGUAGCGCUGAAUGGUAUUGGAUAUUAUAUUUUCAGAAAAUCCAACUCACAGAAGAACCAGUUCAGACGGGACCCUUCACAUCAAAGUGUUGCAAGACUGGAGACCAUCGCCACAGCGACAGGGAAGCGGCUGCUGGUGUCCGGCUGGUGGGGACUCGUUCGCCAUCCCAAUUACCUCGGUGACCUCCUCAUGGCCCUGGCGUGGUCCCUGCCGUGUGGAUUCUCUCAUCUCCUGCCUUACUUCUACGUCAUAUAUUUCACCAUCUUGCUGAUUCACCGCGAGGACCGCGACGAGAGACAGUGUCGGGCAAAAUACGGACUAGCGUGGGACACCUACUGUCGACGUGUCCCCUACAGGAUCUUCCCGUACAUAUACUGACGGGGAAGGCAGACGGGUGGAACGGAACCAAAACUGUCAAACAAUAUCCUCGUAACCCCACACAGACAUAGCAAUAACACACAGAGCACAAGUAAAAACCGGUGCUGCUACUAUGUGCAGGAAGCUCACAGGUUUAAUUCAUUUGGUUGCAAUUCAUUUACAAAAUGAUGUUCAAGGGAUCACAAUUUCUAAUUCAUGAUGUCGGUAAAGCCAGUCUGCUUUACAGGUGCCUCCUGUUCUGUGUUUCCACGGCUGAAGCAUCCCAGCAUGAGCAGCAAGUUCUCAAAAAACCCACAUCUUAUUUUAAUGAUGAGAUAUUUUGCCUGAAAAAGAACAAAUAAAAUGCAUUUCCACAUGAACACCAGUGCCUUUUCUAAUGAAGCGACUCGCCCGCAGCACUUUUACCAUGUUCGCUUUUUUACAAUGUCGUCUUUCUGUAAAUGUGUUGUGAAAUACUGUGAAAUACAUUUGAAAUAAACAACU